ACAAGGAGGAGGAGAAAGAAGAGGAGAAGGAGGAGGCAAAGGAAAGGGAGGAGGGAAAAAGGCGGAGGAAAGGGAGGAGAAAGAGUAAGGAGGAGAGGAGGAGGGGAAGCAAGAGGAGGAGGAGGAGGAGGAAAAGGAGAAGGAGGAGGAGGCCCUACGUUGUGUCCUUCUUGGGCUUGACUAGCCCAGGAGCCUCAGCAUCUUCACCUUCCUUCCUUCCUUCCUUCCUUCCUUCCUUCCUUCCUUCCUUCCUUCCUUCCUUCCUUCCUUCCUUUCUUCCUUCCUCCCUCUGCUCUGCCCAGGAGCCUCCCUGGGGCCAUUCAUUCUUCUCCGUCCUCCUCUUCCUCUUCCUCUUCCCCUUCCUCUGGGCCAUGGGCCACCCUCCCUUGGAGUUCGUGGACUGCUGGCCGGACAGCCCCGACUUCCGCGAGCGGCUCAAGUGCUACGAGCAGGAGCUGGAGAGGACCAACAAGUGCCUCAAGGAGGUCAUCAAGGACGGGAGCGCCCUCAUCGGAGCCAUCCGCAGCUAUUCCUCCGCCGUGCAGAAGUUCGCUCAGACGCUCCAGUCCUUUCAGUUCGAUUUUAUCGGGGACACUCUGACCGAUGAUGAGAUUAAUAUCGCCGAAUCCUUUAAGGAAUUUGCGGAGCUGCUCCAGGAGGUCGAACUGGAAAGGUCCAUGAUGGUGCAAAACGCUAGCGACCUGUUGAUCAAACCGUUGGAAAACUUCCGCAAGGAGCAGAUUGGAGUGGCCAAAGAGCGCAAGAAGAAAUUUGAGAAGGACGGAGAGAGGUUUUACUCCAUGCUGGACCGCCAUUUGAACUUGUCCUCCAAGAAGAAAGAGUCCCAGUUGCAAGAGGCGGACUUGCAAGUGGAUAAAGAGCGCCACAAUUUCUUUGAGUCCUCUCUGGAAUAUGUGUAUCAGAUCCAACAGGUGCAAGAAAGCAAGAAAUUCAGUAUCGUGGAGCCGGUGCUGGCCUUUCUUCACAGCCUCUUCACCUACAACAACCUGACCGUGGAGUUGACCCAGGACUUCCUUCCAUAUAAACAACAGCUCCAGCUCAGCCUGCAAAAUACGAGGAACCAUUUCACCAGCACGCGAGAAGAGUUGGAGGACCUCAAGAAACGGAUGAAGGAAGCACCCCAGACCUGCAAACUUCCUGGGAAGCCAACCAUAGAGGGAUACCUAUAUUCCCAGGAGAAAUGGGCAUUGGGGAUCUCAUGGGUCAAGUACUACUGCCAGUAUGAGAAGGAGUCCAAGAUGUUACGGAUGACGCCCAUGGAGCAGAAGCCAGGAGCCAAGCAAGGUCCCUUGCACCUGAUGCUCAAGUCCUGUGUGAGGAGGAAGACCGACUCCAUAGACAAACGGUUUUGCUUUGACAUCGAGACACUUGAAAGACCUGGGCCCAUCACCUUGCAGGCUUCAUCGGAAGCCAACCGGCGGCUCUGGAUGGAGGCCAUGGAUGGAAAGGAACCGAUCUACCACAGUCCCAUCACAAAGCAGGAGGAAAUGGAGCUGAACGAAAUCGGCUUCCGGUUUGUCAGGAAAUGCAUCAAUGCCGUUGAGACCAAAGGAAUCACCACCGAAGGGGUCUAUCGAACUGUCGGGAGCAACAUCCAGGUCCAGAAGCUGCUGAAUGCCUUCUUUGAUCCUAAAUGCCCCGGAGAUGUGGAUUUCCAGAACAAUGACUGGGACAUCAAAACAAUUACAAGCUCGCUGAAGUUCUACCUCAGGAACCUCUCUGAACCCGUCAUGACGUAUAAACUGCACAAGGAGCUGGUCUCGGCUGCCAGUAAGUCUCCAAAAGGCAUUUUGGGGGAAUACGUCUGCGAACACAGCAAGGAGAACCUGAUGUCCCCGUCCAACAUGGGGGUGAUCUUUGGCCCCACGCUCAUGCGGGCGCAGGAGGACACCGUGGCCGCCAUGAUGAACAUCAAGUUCCAGAACAUCGUGGUGGAGAUCCUCAUUGAGCACUUCGACAAGAUAUAUUCUGGGCCGCCUGAAGACAACGCCGCACCACCAGUGCCUCCUCCACGCGUGGCCACUCGGCGCCACAAGCCCAUCACCAUCUCCAAGCGUCCGCUGCGGGAGAGACCGGUCUUCUUUGGCGGCUCCGUGGAAGAAGGCGAAGAGCUUGGCCAAAGCCCGACUCCAAAUGGCAUGGUCAUGCCCCACUACAACGAAGCCCCCAAGCCACUCCAACGCAACCGGUUGCCUUUGCCCCGGUCGGGAGAGUUGGACUCCGCAAAACCCGUCUUGGAUGGCAAGUCGGAACAGUGCGCAGAGGUAGAUGUGGGGAAACUGGUGUCCCGGCUCCAAGAUGGUGGAACAAAGUUUGCCCACAAAGCCGCCAAUGGAGUGGCGCCAGUUCCUGGCUGCCCGAAGGCCUCCAAUCUCCAUGUGAAACGGCCAGCUCCGAGACCUGGGAUGAUGGUCAAAGAAGGUGAGUCCGAAAGCUUCGUCAAAGCACGAUCACCUGGAGAGAAGCCGGUGAUCACACGUCCCCCAAUGAGACCCCCGGAUCCUCCGUGCAAAGUCCCUACACCCCAGAAACCGGAGCCAAAGCCUGAUCUGAUCGUUGGAGGGCCUGGGGAGGCAUCUUCCUCUGUAGUGGCCUCCAGAACAAAAUUCUUCGAGUCAGCUUCUUUCAGGAGAGGCAGCUCUUCUUCGCCUCAAGGCAGGCUCCCGAGCGACGAAGGCUGAGGCCCAAAUGACGUUUUCCGUUCCCGUCCUGGCUGGUUCCAGGUUGGUUGGUUCUAGAUCUUCUGAUGUUCUCCAGAACCAUGUCCUUGGAGACUUCUGCUGCUGCGGGAGAAGUGGGAGAAUAGUUCCACCUUGGUGUUGGGAAGACACACCGUUGGCUCGAUCUCUCCUCGUUUCUGCCGUUUCUUGUGUCCAAAGAGCAUGGCUUGGCAUGCCCAUGUUUGCAUGAUGCAGCUGGAUAGUCAACAGUGCAGAGCCAUUCCAACACGCUUCUCCUGCCAUCAUCUCCUUGACCGUGAAGACAUUCCUUGAUGUUGAUGCACUGGCCAUGUCGGGUUACGUCCUCCACCCUCUUUUCUAUCUUAAUUUGUACAGACUCGAGGUGUCAUGUGUUGUAUAUAUCGUUCAGACAUGUGGCAACAAUUCCACUGUUGAUGGAAGGCAGAAGACGCAGAUGGGCCCAUCUCUCAGCCAAGCUUCCAUCCAUCUUCGCUCUUUGGCUUCGGGGCGGGAAUGCAGACAACCUUUCUCUGCUCUUCAUAUGAAUGUGAAGUCUUUUCAAGCUCCGGCUCUCCGAAUGGCACCAGGAGGCUGGAAGAAUCUCUCUCACGUUCCAUCUGAUGGCAUUUUUGGUAACCUCCAAAGCAGCUGUCGCUCAUGGAGAGGGAAGAGGUCCAAAUACCUUUCCUUUGGCUCCUUUUCGACGUGAGGAAUGGCUUCCAGCUUGACUUGGACUGAGACAAGAUGAUUGUUCUGUGACAUUAUUUUAUAAAUAUACAUCAUUGCCUUGCCAGCAGCCCUGCCAUUGGUGUAAGAGAGGGACCAUUGGGAUGCCAGUUUCUUUUGCUUACACACACAGCAGAUUUGGGGCAAUGGCAGAGGGAUUUGACACAUUUCAUCCCAAUGGCUCAUUUUCCUGGACUCAACAUGGGUCCUUGUGGUAAAGAGUGGAUUUUUGGAGCAAUAGGUGUUGCUCUGAGAUCAUGUCUUAACCCCAAAAGGCCACCCAAUUUGGGGUGUGAGAGUCAAUUUCGAUAUGCAUUAGAUUCAGGAGAACCUUUCUUCUUUUUCCAAUGGGGAAUGGCUUGGAGAUCAACAUUUUGUUACACUUAGGAGUGAAAAAA